AUGUUAUUGAGGAUUAUCUCAAUAUCCCUUUGCAUUGCUCAUGUGAUCGGCUGGAAUUUGACGAUUGAACCGCCGCGCUUGUCGGCUUUUCGAGCGAAACAGGAACGCUAUAUUCUCAUCACUCUCCAAUCUUCGCAAAGCAGCAAAGAGAACAUUUCGCUCACUUGCUCAAAUGAAGCCAUUUGCACGAUUACUCCAAACGAAAGUUUCCUCGUUUUCUCUCAAAACAACAGCUUUACUCAAACGCUAAACGUUUCGGUUGAGGGAAAAUUCAUUGGAAUCACGAAGUUGAAUCUAAAAAUCGGCAAUCAAACCUUUCACAAUUACGAGAUUCGAAUCCAGCGAAGCGAUUGGGAACAUCAAAAAGCGAAAAUUUUUAUUACAAUGCUCGUCAUUUUCAUCCCGACCGUUACUUUUAUGAUGGGCACACAGUUGAAGUUGAAAAAUAUCAAAGAGAUCUGGAAGCGCCCAUUCAGCCCGUGCAUCAGCCUUUUCUGUCAGUUUGGGAUCAUGCCAUUGAUUGCCUAUUGCUUGGCCAAGUACAUUCUGGAGGAAGAAGGACGGGCAAUUCAAUUGGCGCUUUUUGCCGCUGGUACCUGUCCGGGUGGUGGAAAAAGCUCUUUCUGGACGAUCAUCUUCGGCGGGAAUCUCGAUUUAUCCGUUUCGCUCACAUUCGCUCAAAAUUUCUUUGCUUUAAUAGCAAUGCCGAUUUGGAUUGGCACUCUUGGAAAAGAGUUCACCACUGAAUCGCUGCGCAUUCCAUUUGGGGACAUUGUUGAAGCGUUGGUGAUUUUACUGAUUCCAACAGUUCUCGGAAUGAUCUUCAUUCACUACAAAGCGAAUCUCUACUCGGAUAUUCAGAAAUUGGUCAAAAUAAUCGUUUGGAUUGGCACAUUUUUCUUCUUUCUCACCUCGAUUUAUGCCAAUUUCUACAUUGUUUUCUUGUUGAAUUGGAGAAUUGUGUUGGCUGGUUGUCUUUUGCCUUGGUCAGGCUACUUGAUGGCGUUUAUCGUGGCGACAAUUUUGGGAAUGGAGUUCAAGGAUAAGAUCACGAUUUCGAUCGAGACCGGGAUUCAGCACGUUUCAAUCGCAAUGGUUAUCUUGGUUUUAACUUUCCCGGAGCCAGAGGUCGAUCUUGCGAUGGUCAUCCUAUUUGUCACUGUUUUGAUGACGGAUAAGCCUCUUCUUUUCUUUUACUUUUUGCUACGCGUUUAUCGACGUUUUAACCCAUUGAAAGAGGAGAAAAAGGAAAAUGGAGAGAUCAACAAUGGAUCAACAGAUAUUACACCAAAGGACAGCUUCACUGACAUUUCGCUAAUCGAUGAUUCAAAAAAAACCGUUCAACAAACCGAUGAAUCAUUGGGAAAUCAAAAGAAUGAAGUGAAAGGAGAG